AUGAUUCCAUCUGGUUUCAACCUGUUCUAUAUUUCAUACGGACCAUGUGUCAAGUCAGGACCUGAAAUGUGUUUUGAUAUAUACGGAAUAAUGCUUCACUUCUAUUCCCACUCUCUCUGGCUUCUGUUCCUUGCAUUUGCCUAUCGCUACUACGUGAUGCUCCGUGAAGAACCAAGUCGAUGGAUGCUCCAACUCUCAAUUCUCAUUGUCUACAUUCCUUCGUUCAUCAUGAUGGUUUCUCUUCUUCUAGAUCAUACUGACCCAGAGAUUGUUCGGAAAGCGCUAAAAUCUCAAUUUCCCAAUUAUAAUUUAUCGGGUCUCAUAAUAACUGGAUCGGUUGACACAACAAAGUUUGCUGCCAUGUUCGCAAUAAUCCAUAUGAGUGUGUUGAGUACACCGAUUUCAAUUGGAAUAUGGGUCCUGAGAAGGAAGAUAGUUAAGCAGUUGACCUACAAAGGAAUCGAUAUCACGAAGGCAACAAGGAACUUACAUGCACAGCUUCUACGGGCUCUCACCUUCCAAGCGACAAUUCCAGUGUUCUAUCUUCUCGGAGUUAUUUUUUAUUUCAUCGCCCAAUUUGGAAUAUGGUCCCAUCCAAUAAUCGAGUUCUCAAUUUUCACGUGUUUUCUCAUUGUACCCAUUUUGACACCAUUAUCUUCUCUCAUUUAUGUCACUCCUUACAAACGAUUUGUUUUGAAAAUUAUCAAAGGAGAGAAGUCAAAUGAAGUGUCCAGAGCUCGACUGCACACCAAUUCCAUGAUAACUAUCGGUGCAUAG